AUGUCUAACGAGGUUUCCAAUACCCGGCUUUAUCUGGGAAACCUCCCUCCAAAUGCUACCAAGGCCGAUAUUGAGGCGCACUUUGCCACGCACGGCACCGGAGAAAUCACAGAGGUCAAGCUCAUGCAUGGCUUCGGCUUCAUCGAAUACAAGGAUCCCAUGGAUGCCCGAGACGUCGUUCCUGACGGAUCUGACUUCAAGGGAACCCGACUUACCGUCCAAUUUGCCCGCGGCCCUCGCCCCCGUGAACCACCUGGGUACGGCGGCGGCGGCCAUCAUGAGCGAGCCCCUCCACGGCCCCGACGAACCAUACACCGCAUGACCAUUACCGGACUCCCCAACGAAACCAGCUGGCAGGAUCUCAAGGACUUUGCGCGCCAGGCGGGUCCCGAUGUUGUCUACUCGGAAACAGCCCGCGACUCGGGCAGAGGCUUCGUUGAAUACGAGAAUGCUGCCGACUUGCGCACCGCUGUAGAGAAGCUUGAUGGAUUCGAGUUCAAGGGCAAGGUUGUGCAGUGCAUCGCUGAUACUCAAGCCGAAGUCCCUGCCUCCCGGCAGCGUGGGCGCUCGCGCUCCCCUGGACGUCGUCCUUAUAACAUGCAGCCGUUCGAUGACUAUGAUCGUCGCGGACCACCCCCACGAGGCUACGCCCCGCGUCGCGAAGAGCCGCCGUACGGAUAUCGCGAACGCAGCCCUCGCCGAGACUACUACGAGGAAAGAGCCGGAUACCAUUCACCCCCUCGGCGUCCGAUGGAUGACUACCCCCCGCCACAGGGACCCCGUAGUCACUACGAUGAGCCGUAUCGUCGCGACUACCCACCGGCGCCUCCCCAAGGCCCGUAUGGUGGCCGCCCGUACGACCGCCCUCCUCCUCCCAGAGACUUCCCACCCCGCGAAGGCCCGCCACAGUACCCUAGGGAUGGGGGCUAUGGCCGGGACUAUGACCGGGGUGGACGCUACUGGUAA